AUGAAUUCAAAGAGGUGUGCUGGUUGUAAGUAUUUAAGAAGAAGAUGCCCUUCUAAUUGUAUACUCUCUCCUCAUUUUCCUCCCAAUGAUCCUCAAAGAUUCGCUUGUGUUCACAAAAUUUAUGGUGCUAGCAAUGUUGCAAAGAUGCUUCAGCAAGUUCCAGUGCAACAACGAGCUGAAGCAGCAAAUGCCAUGUACUAUGAAGCAUAUUGCCGAAUCAAAGAUCCUGUGUACGGUUGUGUUGGGACGAUUGCAUUACUGCAGCAACAAAUUUUCGAUGCUGAAUGCCAACUAGCAAAAAUUCAAGCAGAGAUUGCUGUCCUUAAUGGUCAUCAUGAAGCAACACACCAAAAUCAGCAAGUUAAUGUUGCAACAAGCUCUGCAAACUUCACCUUGGAAAGUGGAGGAGAGGGCACUUUCUCAUCAACAUAUGACCCUUCAAUCUGUCAAUUUUAUUAG